AUGGUGCGAAAGAACGGAUCCCAGCUGUUGGAAGUGUGGUCCCCUGUGGAUAUGGACGAUGACGAGCCAGAGAGGCCCAGCACAAGCUGGGAGCCCACGAAAGCCUACUUGGGGCGAGAGGAGUUGUCGCUGGAAGAGAUUGAAGGGGUUCGGGAGCGCUUCCGAGAGCAGUGCAUCCGGCAGCACGGCUCAGUGGUCAGGGCUUGGAAGGUCAUGGACCUCAAUGCCGAUGGACGUUUGAGCUACUUCGAGUUCAUGCGCGGCUGCAAGCAGAUGAGCGUGGCGAACCCGCGCCGCGUGUGGCGCGCCCUGGGGCGCACGGGUCUACUGACGCUGCGAUGCGUGGAUCCUCGCCUGGGCGAGCAGUUGGGGACACUCGCCACAGCCAUUUGGUUCAACUGCGGAAGCGUGGAGAAUGCUUGGAGGAGCUGCUUUAACAAGAGGUCAAAGCUCCGGAUCUCCAGCGAGGACUUCAGCGAGGCAUGUCAAGAGCUGCGCUACCAGGGGGACCCGGUGGCCUGUUUUGGGGAGCUUUGCAGUGAGAAAGCCUCCAAUGGCAUGAGCCGGAAGGAGUUCGGCUUCUUGCACAGCUGGAUGUCUCCCAAAGGGCACCCGGAUCGGGGAUUUCUCGACGCGCCCAUCUCCAAGUGGGCGGUGCCAGCCGAACCCUGGACACCGCCACCCAUUGUGCAAAAGAGGGAUGAGCGCAGGGAGAAGUUCCUUGACUGCCUCCUGAGAUCUUAUGGUAACAUCGUCCGUGCCUGGCGUGAGGGCUUGGAUCGAAACCAUGAUGAUCGCAUGGACUACCAGGAGUUCAGCGUGGCGAUCAAGGACGUGGGCUACGCGGGGAACGCCAAAGAGCUUUGGGAGGAGAGAAGUACACCGCAGCGGUGCAUGGGCGGAUGGGCUUGGAGCCCCCGGAGCCCAUGUGAAUUGGUGAGUGGUCGACGUAAGGAUGCCAUGAGCGCCACCGCUGGCACCGCGGCCUGGUGGACCGUUCUGGAGCGUUUUGCCGCGGAGGACCGGGGCUGCGACAGCGCCGUGGGCUGCUUGUUGGGGCUGACCUUGGGCGAUGCCGUUGGAGCGCCAUUGGAGUUUUGCGCAGUUGAUCCCAGCCCUUUGGAAGGCUUUGAGGACGAUCGACGGCCGUGCGUGGCCGCAAAGCUCCGAGAAGGACAGCUGCAUUACAAGAACGUGAGGAACAAGUUUGAACUGAAGCUAGGUCAAUGGACAGAUGAUGCGAGCAUGGCUUUGUGCUUAGCCGAUUCACUACUUACGUGUGGGAAGUACGAUGGAGGCGACGCCCGCCUGCGCUGGCACAUGUGGUGGUUCCACGGCUACUGCAACGCCUUCCGCUACGAUAUGGAACGUCGCAAGGGGCAGACCUCGGUGGGUCUCGGGAGUAACGUGGCCAAAUCCUUCGUGGAGAUCGAACGAUCGGUGCAACUGGCACACGCACAAGAUCGCCUCCCAAAGGGCACGAGUCAUGCUACAGUCGUCCCACCCGUGCACCAGUCAGACUCCAAUGAUGCGGGCAAUGGGUCCAUCAUGCGUUUGGCGCCCGUGCCAAUUGCAUAUCAUUUAUGCCCAGCACAGGCGUUGGAUGUUGCAGCUUGGCAGUCCUUAGCCACUCAUCCGGGUCCUGAAGCAGCCCUGUGCUGUCGUUUCAUGGCCUCCUUCUGUGUCGAGGCCAUCAGCCGCCACCGGAAUGCGGGCAAAGUCUCGGAUUCCGAGCUGGCCGUGCUGGACCCCAUUGGGGAGACCCGUAGCUUCAUGGCACAACACAUCGAGCGCUUCUUGAAGGACAGUGAGAAUUUCCGCUUACCACCAGGGUUGGAUGAUGGCGGGGCCAACCUGCAGCGUCUCAAAAAGCUCUUGAUGAGCUCUCCGCCCUCCAAAAAGGAGGCACAUUGGAAUUGGAAGGCGAAGAAUCUGGCCAUCAAUGAAGGUAUCGCUGCGCGACGGGGACCAUCAGGGAACGACCUUUACAAUGGACAUCCCACUACUCCCGGCUAUUUUGGCGCCUACUGUAUGGAUGGCCUUGCAAUGGCACUCUGGGCUCUGUGGAACUCGAACAGCUUCGCCCACGCGCUGCUGAACGCGGUGAAUUUGCUGGGCGACGCCGACACAGUCGGGGCGAUCGUUGGACAGAUGGCGGGCGCGUUGUACGGUUUCAAGCGGAUCAUCAGCGAUGAGUGGAGCGUGAGAUGUGUGAAGAACCUCAUGCAUUGGGACAAAGGUGCUGAGAUCGGCCUGCGCGCGGUGCUUCUCUACCACCGCGGCCCACGCCCACGAGCCCAACUGAAGGCCAGUGCUCCCACGCGUGGGGCACCUGCAAGCAGUAUGGUGCCCCUCUUCGAUCAGCCGAACGGUGCCCGCAGGGGCCUGGCGCCCGCCGGGGAGCUUCCGGUGGGGGACUGGGUGACCUGUACCGAUGCUGUGGAUGGUUCUUACAAGAUCUAUCAUGACACAGGCCUUCAAGGCUGGGUGGGCCCAUACGACAUCGCCGAGUUUACACCGGCGGCUGGCACGGAGGAUUUGACGAAGUAUCUCGUCGACCCCGCGGUGAGACGAGCCGCAGCCGCAGCCGCGGCCCCGCGCGCACCGCGGGCGCGUGAUGAUGCCUCACCACCACCGAUUCCCACGGAGCCAGAGUUGGAUGGGGAAACCGCCCGCCUUUUGCGGGAGUUCGUGGACUCGGCCAAAUCCAGCUAUGGCUCCUUCAUGGCCUUCUGGAACGAGGCCCUCGACAUCCGCCACGAUGACCGCGUGCUUUACCCGGAGUUCCGAGAUGGUUGCCUCAUGCUGGGUUGGAACCCUCGUGAUGUGGGUCGGCUCUUCGAGUUGUUGGAUACCGAUCGGGCACGCUACCUCAGCUGGGCCACCACCUCUUGGCUCAGUGGUGCUGAGCUGGUGGACGGCGACUCCGGCUCUCCACGCAUCGCAAGGCCACGCUCUCCGGAGGCAGAGGAGGCAGAAGCAGAGGGCGCGAAGGUGAAGUUCACCAAGGCCCAAAGCAGAAGGAUGCACCAGAGGCUGCGGGAGCAUCGUCACCGCGUGAAAUGCUACGAGGGCCGGGCUCGGAACGAGAUCCCCGGGAGCCACCCGUCGGCGGGCACCACGAUCUACAGUUCCGCGCCCUUCAUCACGCAGACCGGGAGCAAGAACCCUUCAACUCGGCAGAAGAGCAAACCCUUCUUGAUGCAGAGCCGUGUUUUAUGUCCGGAGAUGCCGGAGUGGCUCUUGGUGGCUGAGGGCUCAAAGAGGAUGCCGCUCUUGCCGGAGAAGUUGGACUUGAGCUUUCCCUUAAAGCCACAGCAGCCGGGCAAAGGAGGUUGGCCCACUUCCAAGCUUUUCUUGGUGGAUGAGUUGUGGGGAGGCAGCAAGGAUCUGGGGCUGUUGUUGAGGCCACAGACCAGACAAGCCUGCAGCCAGCCGAAUCUUGACAGAUGGAAGAGGAUGGCCGCGGAGCGUUGA